CGACAGUUGAUUUACGAAAUCGCCAAACCUGAAUACAACUGUAUCGCUGUUCUGGUCUAGAAGGCCAAAUAGCGACAAGGGUCAUGUUGCGUUUGCCAGCCGUCAGCCGUGCCAUAGCGGGGUUGGGCCACUCUAAAACAUGCCUGGCCGCAUCUAGUAAUGUUCGCGCAUCUGUGCGGGCUGCCAGUAACAUGGUUGAGGUGUUUGUUGAUGGAAAGCCAAUUAUGGUGGAGCCUGGUACUACAGUGCUUCAGGCCUGUGAACAGGUUGGUGUGCAGAUCCCCCGUUUCUGUUUCCACGAGCGGCUGUCGGUGGCAGGGAACUGCCGUAUGUGCUUGGUCGAGAUUGAGAGAGCACCAAAGCCUGUGGCAGCAUGUGCUAUGCCUGUUAUGAAAGGUUGGAACAUUCUGACAAAUUCGGAGAAGACACGCAAGGCCAGAGAGGGUGUAAUGGAGUUCCUGCUGGCAAACCAUCCUUUGGACUGUCCAAUCUGUGACCAGGGAGGAGAGUGUGACCUCCAGGAUCAGUCCAUGAUGUUCGGCACAGACAGGAGCCGUUUUACAGAGGGGAAGAGAGCAGUGGAGGACAAGAACAUCGGGCCACUCAUCAAGACCAUUAUGACCCGCUGUAUUCAGUGUACACGCUGUGUCCGCUUUGCCAGUGAGAUUGCGGGUGUUGAAGACCUGGGCACAACAGGUAGAGGCAACUCCAUGCAGAUUGGCACCUACGUGGAGAAAAUGUUCAAUUCUGAGCUGUCUGGAAAUGUCAUUGAUAUUUGUCCUGUCGGAGCGUUGACCUCCAAACCAUACGCAUUCACGUCCCGACCCUGGGAGACCAGGAAGACAGAGUCCAUAGAUGUGAUGGAUGCUUUGGGCUCUAAUAUUGUGCUGAGCACCAGAGGAGGGGAGGUCAUGAGAGUCUUGCCCCGGCUCAAUGAAGAUGUCAAUGAGGAGUGGAUCUCUGACAAGACCAGGUUUGCUUAUGAUGGCCUGAAGAGGCAGCGUCUGACCCAGCCUAUGGUGAAAGAUGCCUCUGGACAGCUGACCGCCACCUCCUGGGAGGAUGUGCUCACUCGUGUGGCUGGAGUACUCCAGACCGUGCAGGGGAGCGAGGUGGCAGCCAUCGCCGGUGGCUUGGUCGAUGCUGAGUCCCUUAUAGCCCUGAAGGAUCUGCUGAACCGUCUCAACAGCGACAACCUCUGCACCGAGGAGGUCUUCCCCAUGUCCGGGGCUGGUACUGACCUGCGUUCCAACUACCUGCUGAACUCUCGCAUCGCCGGCAUCGAGGAGUGUGAUCAACUACUGCUUAUUGGGACCAACCCACGCUUCGAGGCCCCACUGUUCAACGCACGUAUUCGCAAGAGCUGGCUACACAACGAGCUGCAAGUGGCAAUGGUGGGACAUGAGGUGGACCUGAGCUUCUCCUAUGAUCACCUGGGCGAGUCCACACAGGUGCUGAAGGACAUCGCCGCUGGCACGCACCCUUACUGCAAGGUGUUGGCCCAGGCCAAGCGUCCAGUGGUGGUGGUUGGCAGUGGCACGCUGCAGAGGGCGGAUGGGGCCGCCAUCAUGAACGCAGUCUCCACCAUUGCCCAGAAUGCCCGCGCAAGUAGUGGCGUGGAGGAAGGAUGGAAGGUCCUGAAUGUAUUGCACAGAGUGGCCAGUCAGGUUGCAGCGCUGGAUCUGGGCUACCAGCCAGGGGUGGAGGCCAUUAGGAAGGCUAAGCCCAAGGUGCUGUUCCUCCUUGGGGCUGACAGUGGCUGCAUCACUCGCCAAGAUCUGCCGAAAGACAGCUUCAUCAUCUACCAGGGUCACCACGGUGAUGUGGGAGCCCCCAUGGCGGACGUCAUUCUGCCCGGCGCAGCGUACACCGAGAAGAACAGCACCUAUGUCAACACAGAGGGUCGCGCCCAGCAGACCCGGGUCGCUGUGACCGCACCCGGAAUGGCCCGUGAGGACUGGAGGAUAAUCAGAGCUGUGUCUGAGUUGGCUGGUAUCACACUGCCCUACGAAACACUGGAAGAGGUGAGGGGCCGACUGGAAGAAGUGUCUCCCAACCUGGUGCGCUACGACGAUGUGGAGCAAGCUAACUACUUCAAGCAGGCCAACGAGCUCUCACAGUCUGUAGAUCAAACAUUACUGGCUGAACCCCUGGUCCCUCUUCAGAUAACCGUGAAAGACUUCUACAUGACUGAUUCCAUCAGCCGUGCUUCCCAGACAAUGGCCAAGUGUGUGAAGGCUGUGACUGAGGGAGCAGAUGCCGUUGAUGAGCCGUCUAUUUGCUAGAAUACAUCGUUGUCUGUCCAAUCAAAUGCAUACCUGUGUGAGACCUCUGUCCUUAAGCCAAACCUCCAACAUAAAUUCACAUACACAUGCACAAAUACGAAUACUUCCGUCACUAUCACCUUAAACACACCUCACAAGUGUGUCCAAUGUUCCAUGCCAACUCUGACCUGCAGUCUCUCAGAACUGGGUGUGUUGAAGUAGUUCAAAUACAACAGUGUGAAAUUUUAUUCUUGCUUUAUAUAUUUAAGUGUGGUAUGCUUAGGCAAAACAUGUCGUUGUAAAGAUUUCAUUCCCAAGUGAAAGUCGUGGGGCGCAGCUUUGUUAAAGAAAGCUUAUACAAAAGUGAAUAUGAAUAAAACAUCUAUUAUUAAAGUUGA